AUGAGUGGAGAUUUCCUAAGCAAGAAUCUAAGCAUCACAGCCUGGAAAACUAACAUCACAAUGCUGAAUGGAAACUACUACACUAAUACUUCAUAUUGUGACAUCAAGAACCAAGCCAUGAAUUUGCUUUCCAUCAUCAUUUCCCUGGUUGGGAUGGGACUCAAUGCCAUAGUCCUGUGGUUCCUGGGCAUCCGUAUGCAUAGGAAUGCCUUCUCUGUCUACAUUCUCAACCUGGCUAUGGCUGACUUUCUCUUCCUGUGCUCUCAGUUUGUAUUUUGUCUUCUCGAUGCCAUUUACUUCUUCUACUCCAUUUUCAUUGAAUUCCCUUUGGUUUUUCAUAUUGUGCGCAUAUGUGCUUAUCAUUCUGGUUUGAGCAUCCUCAGCACCAUUAGCAUUGAGCGCUGCUUGUCUGUAAUAUGGCCCAUUUGGUAUCGCUGUAAUCGUUCAAGACACACAUCAGCUAUCACAUGUUUUGUGCUUUGGGCUAUGUCCCUAUUAUUGGGUAUCCUGGAAAGAAUAGCAUGUGACUUAAUGUUUAAUGGUUUUGACAUUUAUUGGUGUAGAAUGUUUUAUUUAAUCGCUAGUGUAUUUUCAGUUGUUUCAUUUGUGGUUCUUUGUGGGUCCAGUCUCAUCCUGCUUGUCAGGAUCUUCUGUGGCUCACAGCGGAUUCCUGUGACCAGGCUGUAUAUAACCAUUGCAUUCACUGUCUUGGUCUUCCUGAUCUUUGGUCUUCCCUUUGGGAUCCAUUGGCUACUCCACCAAUUGAUGGGUGAUUUACAUUAUUUAAACAAUUGUGAUUCAUUUUUUUAUGAUACACAAUUCUUAUCCUGUGUUAACAGCUGUGCCAACCCCAUCAUUUACUUCCUCGUUGGCUCCAUUAGGCACCGAAACUUCAGGAGGAAGACUCUCAAGCUACUUCUGCAGAGAGCCAUGCAGGACAACCCUGAGGAAGAAGAAUGUGGAGAUAACAAUUCUUAGGAACACUCUGAUGCACUGGAAAGAGUUCAGAGCAGGAGCUGAGAGCCACUGGAAAAAAAUCAUUUUUGGGGAAACAUUUUUCUUAUUGGCAUGGACCAUUUUUUUACAACCUUUUCAGUUUGGUACCUCUUCUUCAAUUGGUUAAUUAAAGCAUUAAUUUUUGUAAAAAUUUGAGAGAAACGGGUCUUGUCAUAC